GUGAUGGGUGGGUGGAAAUGCACUGCCAGCAGCGGUGGUGGAGGCGGAUACAAUAGGGUCUUUUAAGGGACUCUUAGAUAGGUACAUGGAGCUCAGAAAAAUAGAGGGCUAUGUGAUAGGGUAAUUCUAGGCAGUUUCUAGAGUAGGUUACUGUACAUAGUCGACACAACAUUGUGGGCCAAAGGGCCUGUAAUGGGUAUACCAUCUCAGUUCGAAAGCUUCUUUCACACAGGUGAAUAACUGUAGCAGCAGUGGUUCUGCAUUUUCAAGAUUCUCUUUUUCUCUUUGCUUUCUCCAUUCUAGCUUUCCACACCACUAAGUGAUCACUGUUUUUAAUUACAAUUAUUGAAAUGGACAGCUAUUCCUGAUGUAUAACCUUUUAGCAACUUUUUUUUAUUUGUCAUCUUCCAUGAAAUCUUUCAUUCAGAACAAAGGAUUUAACAUCUGUUUGCUUAUCAAAUAGAUUUUUCAUGUAUGCUGCCCAGGACCAAGUCACGCUCCCUGUUCUCCAGGUGUGCUGACUUGUGUCAGUGCAGCCAGAAUUGAUACUGAGCACUGAGCCUGCAUCUUAGACAAUCCAUACAUCCAUUGGAAGUCAGCAUGGGCUUGGGCAGGCAUGUCAACUGAAGUGCUGAAGCUCUGAUUACAGCAGCUGGUUGGUGCCAGUGGUUAUAACUUCUGCAUAUGUAGGCAUCCAUUAGUCUCAUGAGACCAGGGCGCAGGCCUGGGCAAGGUUGUAUGGAAGACCAGCGGUUGCCCAUGCUGCAAGUCUCCCCUCUCCACGCCACCGAUGUCAUCUAAGGGAAGGGCAUUAGGACCCAUACAGCUUGGCACCAGUGUCGUCUCAAGGACACAGCAUGCUGCCUCAGCCAAGGCUCGAACUAGCGACCUUCAAAUCACGAGACGAACGCCUUAGCCGCUUGGCCAUGCGCCAACAUAACUUCUGCAUAAGCUGUACGGUUUUAGAGGAGUGGUGUGUGUCUUUGUGUAAUGAGCAUAAUGUCCUUCUUUUGUGUAUCUAGAGCUGCCUGGAUUUUACUAUGACCGAGAAAAGAACAGGUAUUUUAGGCUAUUACCUGGACAUAACAACUGUAACCCUCUUACUUGGGAGGCAAUUAACCAAAAGGAAAUGGAAGAAAAGCGACUGAAGAUGUUGGCAGAAGAUGCUAGUAAUACGGCACGUUCAUGAACUCAAGACCAGUAGAAUGAGAAGGAAUAAACUCAAGAUUCAAAAUUCAGAUUCUUCCGGCACAAGCAAUUUUGGAAUGAUUUUAGCAGACACCAAUUGUGAGCGGUUAUUUGUUGUAAAAAAUGAUGAAACUGGCUACAAAUAUGGAAUUGUGAAUCUGGAGGGAUGUAGGAAGGGAUCUGGCUUAAUUUCUGUGACCAUGUGUGAUAAUCUAUACACCACACUUCGCAAGGGUACCUCAGUUUGUUGGGCUUCUCUCUCUGGUCAUGAUUCACAUGUCUUGCUUUGUCUUAUGGGCCACGCAGAUACCCCAGCAAAUAUCAGCCUGCUUCCGACUUCAAUAUUUAGUAAUUCAAGCAUGGAGGAACAGCCAAGAAUGUUGUGCAACUUUAAGAGCUCAACUGUCUGGACCUGCAGCUGGUGCCUUAACCCACAAGCUGACAAGUGCUUCAGUACAGGUUUGUUGCAUUGCGUUUUUGUGACUGACGCUGUGACAGGACAAAAGCAGAUAUUCAGCACAAGCAGCGACGUUCUUGCUCAGCAAUUUGCUCACAGGGUCCCAGUAUUGUACAAUGGCUGUCGGUCUGGUGAGAUUUUCAGCAUAGACAUCAGACAACAAAGAAGGAAAGGACAAAGCUGGAAAUGUACUAAUUUCGUCCAUAACUCUGCUGUGACCUGCAUCCGACUCCUGCAAGAUGAAAACUAUCUCAUGGCUGCAGACAUGAUUGGGGAGAUUAAGCUUUGGGACUUGAGGACUGCAAGAUGUGUCAAGCAGUAUGAAGGCCAUUACAACAAGCACGCUCAGCUCCCCAUACACAUCAAUGAAGAAGUAGGGGUUCUUUUAGCUGUUGGCCAGGAUCACUAUACACGGAUCUGGAGUCUGAAGGAUGGUUGCCUCCUUCGAACUAUUCCAUCUCCUCACCCUGGUUCCAGUGACUCGAUUCCCAGUAUAGCCUUUUCUUCACAACUGGGUGGGAGCAGAGGGGUACCUGGACUGAUAAUGGCUGUCAAACAAGAUCUCUAUCACUAUACAUAUAACACCGAUCUCUAACUAGCUUGAAG